CAGUAGUAAGAAGUGUCGUGAGUUUAAUAAGGAUGUAGACAUGAUUAAACCAGCGUUGGAAGAGGGAAUGAAAUUCACUAAUGUGGUAGUCUUUAGGAAGGCACUAAAGGAGUGGCAAGUUCAACAAGGGUACGACUACAAAUUUGUGAAGAAUGAAAGUAGCAGGGUCACUGUGGUCUGUAAGGAGGAAGGAUGUGGUUUCAGAGUUCAUGCUUCAGCAAUGCAGGGGGAAAGAACUUAUCAAAUUAAAACAAUGACUCCUCAUCAUGAUUGUCUAAGAACCUACAAUAACCAUCAUGUCACUUCACAGUACAUUGUAGACAAGUACUUGGACAAGUUGAGGGAUGAUCCAUGGAUAAAGGUUGAUGCAUUUCAAAAACAGGUAAGAAGGGAAUUAACAGUUGAUGUGAGUAGCGGCAAAUUGUAUAGAGCCAAGAAGAAGGCUAAGGAAAUGAUUGAAGGAGACCACUCUGUGCAAUAUGGUAGGUUAAAUGACUAUGUGGAAACUAUUCUGAAAUUCAAUCCUUCAAGUUGGAUCAAGAUACAGUCAAAUAAGCCUUGUCCAGAACUACCCCCAACUUUCUGCAGAAUGUAUGUCAGAUAUGAUACAGUUGAAGGGCUUACUGAGUGGUUGUAGGCCUGUGAUUGGGUUGGAUAGAGCUUUUUUGAAGGGUUUAUAUGGGGGACAAAUACUUAGUGCAAUUGGGGUGGAUGGUAACAACAACAUGUUUCCUAUAGCCAUAGCUGUGGUAGAGGCAGAAACUAAGGAUUCUUGGACUUGGUUCUUGAAAAUAUUGUUGGAGGAUAUUGGCACUGUGGAAGAGAGGAGAUGGACAUUUAUCUCAGCUAGGCAAAAGGACUUCAUAGAGACAUCCAAAGAGCUAAUGCCAAAUGCAGAACAUAGAUUCUGCCUUAGGCAUUUGUACUCAAUUUACAUAAAGAAGUUUAGAGGUAAGGAAUUGAAAGAUUUGAUGUAGAAGGCAACCUCUGCAACCACAGUUUGGGAAUAUAACCAUCACAUGAAGACACUUGAGAGUUUGGAUAAGGAGGCACACAAGUGGUUAAAGGACAUUCCAGCUGAGCAAUGGAGUAGGUCCCAUUUCAGCCCCAGAAGCAAGUGUGACUAUUUGGUGAACAAUCUGAGUGAGUCAUUCAAUAACUACACUCUAGAAGCAAGGGUUAAACCUAUAAUUUCCAUGCUGGAAUGGAUAAGGAGAAAGGUUAUGAAUAGAUUUCAAAUUAAGAGGAUGGGAAUGGAGAAAUAUAAUAAGGGCAUAUGUCCAAGGAUCAUGAAAAACUUAGAUGUAAUCAAGAACAAUUCAAAGGACAAUUUGCACACUUUUGUGGUGAGUACAAGUUUGAAGUGGACUACCAUGACACAACCUACACUGUGGAUUUGAAGGACAAGACAUGUGGAUGCAGACAAUGGGAUUUAACAGGAAUACCUUGUAAACAUGCAUGUGCUGCGAUUGGCCUUAACAAGCAGAAGGUAGAGGACUAUGUGCAUCAUUGCUAUAGUAGAGACACAUAUUUGGGGGUGUACCACCACAUGAUUCAGCCAAUUCCCGGCAAACAUGAUUGGGUGAAGUCCAAUCAAGAGGAAAUCCGUCCUCCCUUCAUGAGAAGGCCAAGUGGCAAGCCCAAAAAAGCAAGAAGAAAGGCUGCAGAGGAGGUUGAGGACACAGGGACAGGGACAUUGUCUAGAGCAGAAAGGUAUAUGUCAUGUUCAAAAUGUUUGCAAAAGGGUCAUAAUCUCAGGUCAUGCAAGAACCCAAUACACCCAAAUUCUAAGUUGUUAAAGAUAAAGGAUUUACCAUCAGCAAGUCAACACGAACAAAAAGGUCAACCAAAGCAGAAGAAAUCAAGAACAACUGCACUAAAAACUUCAACUCAGCCCUCUGUAGAUGCUGGUUUCUACACUAAACCAGCACAGUCCUUUGCACCAAUCAACCCUGGUUUCUACACUCAACCUAACCAAGGCAAUGCUAAUUCUGCCAAUCCUGGGUUUUCCUCACGAGCAAUGCUACGCUUACGACAUUCCAUUACAACAUGUAUACAACAUGCUGACGUGGCACUGGAUGGAAUGUUCAUUCCUGUUUCCUCACAGCCAUCUAAAUUGCAAUGUAUUGGUGGAAAGUUUGGAGGAAGUGGUCCCAGAUUCAGUGUGGGGGUUGCUAACAGAGGUGGAGGACAAACAGGUGGUGGUCAAAGCGGUGGUGGAAAGGCUUGUGCUAGUAGAGGUGGUGGAAGGUCAGGUGGUCCAAGAGGUGGUGGAAGGUCUGGUGCUAUAAGAGGUGGUGGAAGGGUAGGUGCAACCAGAGGUGGUGGAAGGGCAGGUGCAACUAGAGGUGGUGGAAGGAUAGGUGGUCCAAGAGGUGGUGGAAGGUCAGGUGCUGCUAAAACAGGUGCUGCACAGUCAAAGGGUGGAGAAGCAGGUGGAAGAGAAGGAGUUUGCAAAAGUCUUAUGGAGGAAUACCCUACUUAUCUAUUGUUGUUCCUGUUUAAUGUUAAGGCUACUACUGCUAUGCUGUUGUUAAGGUUGGUGGUGGUAGCUAAUGUUGUUUCUCUGCUAUCUAUCCCUCAAUUCAUUACAAGGGAUAGACAUUUUCUGGAUUACAUAACCCUUGACAAAAAAGCGCAUUACAUACAUGCACAUUCUACUUAG